GCGUAGCGCAACGGACGGCACUGCAGAAGCAGGCGAGUUCGCGAGUGUAUCGAUUUUACGAUCGUGUCUCUCGCCGCUAGUGCGUCCGUUUCCUUUAGUUUUUAGUGGUCGUGCUCAUAGUACAUGGAUAAAAUCGUGAAUGGGAUUAGCCGCUAGUCUCUUCACUCCGUACACCCGCUGAUUCGCAACACUUUGCCACCCUUGCCAUGACCAAGGAUAGAUUAGCAGCCCUCGUUGCGGCCCAGUCGGACGACGAUGACGUAGCGGACGAUGUGCCCGUCAACGUCGGCGGGCCCGAUGAUUUUAUGACCGAGUUUUUCGCGGAGGUGGAAGAGAUUCGUGAGAUGAUAGAUAGGAUCCAGACGAACGUAGAAGAUGUGAAGAAAAAGCACAGUGCCAUCUUGUCGGCACCACAGACCGAUGAAAAGGUCAAAAUGGAAUUGGAAGACCUGAUGUCCGACAUCAAGAAAACGGCGAAUAAAGUCAGAGCUAAAUUGAAGGUGAUAGAGCAAAAUAUAGAGCAAGAAGAGCACACGAACAAAUCAUCGGCGGAUUUGAGGAUACGCAAGACACAGCACUCGACGCUGUCCAGGAAGUUCGUCGAAGUGAUGACGGAGUAUAAUCGAACGCAAACCGAUUACAGAGAACGGUGUAAGGGAAGGAUACAACGACAGCUGGAAAUCACCGGUAGGACGACCACUAACGAGGAACUGGAGGAAAUGCUGGAACAGGGAAAUCCGGCGGUGUUCACGCAGGGGAUUAUCAUGGAAACGCAACAAGCGAAACAGACUCUCGCCGAUAUCGAGGCGCGUCACGCCGACAUCAUCAAACUAGAAAACUCGAUCAGGGAACUUCACGAUAUGUUCAUGGAUAUGGCGAUGUUGGUAGAAAGUCAGGGCGAGAUGAUAGAUCGCAUAGAAUACCACGUGGAACACGCGGUGGACUACGUGCAGACGGCUACGCAGGACACCAAAAAAGCGCUCAAGUAUCAAAGCAAAGCUCGACGGGUGAGUCCUCCCCAGAUCACACGCGAAAUCACAGAUCUUUCGUUCGCGUCUAAUUGGUCACUUUUUGUUUUCUCCUUUGAUCCUCUACCACCACUUUUAUCUCGUUCACCACCUCUCUCUCUACACCCCCGUCCGUCCCUUUCACGAUCCGCUGUUAUUUCGCCUCAUAACCCGUCGUAUUCGAGUUCCUCUUCCAUCUGUACAUUUUUACGCUAAUACUGUCCGAAAAAAUCUUUCACGCUUUUUGGUUUAUAUGGCUCUAUUACUACUACUAUUACUACUAUUACUACUACUACUACUACUACUUUGUUCGUUCGUUUGCCUACUUAUCAUAUUGUUCCCCCGUAACGCGACAUCGAAUAACGACGACGCUUUCUAUCUUGUUUCAUUACCAUAUUUUCUACGAUCGAAUCGAUGCUCGGGCACAUAUGUAUGCGCGUUCAUACGUUCGAUGUGCAUUUAUGUACGAUGUAUGCAUUACGCGUUCCUUACCUAUCUUGACUGUUUUCUAUUUCUCUGUGUGUCUAUGUAUGUAUGUAUCCGCGUAUACGCGCGCGCGCGAGCGCACCGCCACGCGCGUGUAUAUACACGAGCAUCAUACGUAUUCAUUCGUACGUACACGGCUGUGUUUGCUGUAUACAUGCAUCAUCGUAUCUGUGUGUCUCUCUACUUGUGUCGCUCUGUCCUACUGAACAUGAGUGUGCUAAUUGUGGCUCUGUCCAUCGACUGUUUUGUCUAUAUUACUUACACGUACUACUAAAACUCCAUGUACUAAUACCUGUGCUCUCUAACCGUCUAACUUUUCUCCGCGAUUGGAUUUUUGCGGGUGCUUUUGUCUGCGUACACGCGUCGUUUACGAACAUGUACGCGGGGACAACGCGUACACGCGUUUACGCUGUCGCGCGUGAACCAUCGUACGCGGAUUGUCAUGGGACCGCGACGGCUGUUUUUCACCGGGGUGAUGGCGAUGCCGGUACGCUACGACGCGUGUGGUAUAUGGUGUUGUACCGCGGUGUGUGGCUUCACUUAUAUGGUGUGUUUAUCUCUCUCUCUCUUUCUACCUGUACACGCUGCUUGCGCGCAUACGUACGCUCGUGGUGUGCGAAAUGGAACACAUCGAUGCCGAAACACGAACGCGUUCGCGUACGUAUACGUGUAAACGCGCAAACGCGCACGGAUAUCCGUGCGUAAACGUAACGAUUAACUUUGGGUACAUCCUUGUUUCGAGAGGCGAUUCACCGGUUACCGUUGCGACUCCUUUUCCUCCCCUUCCGUUCGUUCUCGUCCCCGAUGUUGUUCCCCGUUUCUUCGUGAUUCCUCUCCAUCCCCCGAUACGGCACGGCAGGGUGAGUUGGUGGACCGUAUCGAGUACAACGUCGAUCAAACCGGCGACCACGUUGGCCAGG